AUGGCCUCCAACACUUUGGGCCGCCGAUUAGCUGCCUGUCUCCUCAACGUCUCCGAAGCUCGCAGAAAAGACCUGGUGGAAACUGUGGCCAGGGCAGCAAUAUAUGACAGUGAAGGUGUGAAACGAGAGGCUACCACAGUGCUAAACAUCUUCAAUGACUACGACUACAACCGCUCAGUUAUCACCAUUGUGGCCAGUAUUGACUCUAUCAGGGAGGCAAUAUUGUCUGCCGGCGUAAAAGCCUGUGGGUUGAUUGACAUGCGUGCUCACACGGGGGUCCAUCCAUGUAUGGGUGCUGUUGACCUAAUACCCAUCUACCCUCUGGGGGAGGAGGUGGAAGUGGAAGACUGUGCCAAAGAGGCCCGAGCCGUGGCUGAGGGGCUCACAGAGCGAGUCAAAGGCACCAGCACCUUCCUGUUUGGCUGGGCUGAUGACCCUCUGCAGCGGGGCUUGGCACAGAGGAGAAAGGAGAUGGGGUGGUUUAAGAAGACACUGGACAUGGAGGCUAUCAGGCCUGACGUGGGGCCUCAGCCACAGAAACAGUACGGUCUUACAGGUGUAGGGGCCGGUCCCUAUGUGAUGAACUGCAACGUCACCAUCGACACUCAGGACAUCGCCAUAGGGCGCAGCAUCGCCAGCGCCAUAAGGGAGUCCACCCCAGGGGGCCUGCCUGGGGUGCAGGUGCUGGCAUUGCCACAUGAGGGCGCUGUGGAAAUCGCAUGCAACGUGGAGAGUGUGAAGGGGAGCACACCUAGCCAUAUGGCUUCAGGCGAACCGUGGCCCUCCUUCAGCAUCAGCCAUCAACCCUACUGUCACAUUCCAGCUUCUCUUAUUUCAUCAACGGUUGCAGAACUGGCAGGGCAGCAAGGGGUGGGCACAAAGGGCACCGCGCUGGUGGGGUUUACCCCUGCUGAGUGCAAGGGCCUGGCAGAGGGAGCUCUGUCUCAAGGCAUUGCCGAGUUUUGGAAAGAGCAGCACAGGAUACGCAUGUGA